AUGGGAGGAGUAAUUGUUCUCUUGGCCGGUGAUUUUAGACAAACUUUGCCUGUUGUGCCACGAGGAACACGUGCAGAUGAAGUUAAAGCCUCUAUUAAGUCAUCAAUUUUAUGGCCUUCGGUCAAAGUUUUAUCUUUGACUAUCAAUAUGCGUGUUCAUCUUCAGCCAAAUUCGAAAGCAGAAGAGUUUUCAAAAAUACUGAUUGAUAUAGGUGAUGGCCAAAUUCCGGAAGAAGACGGAAGAAUAAACGUGUCCUAUAUUAAUUGUGAAACUGUCCCAGAUUUAAUCACCUUGACUGACAAAAUAUACCCGAAUAUUGACAAAGCUGGCGAUAAUUGUAGUUCAUGGUUAAAGGAGAGAGCCAUCCUCACACCAACCAAUGAACAAGUCAAUUGUAUUAACAACUUUUGCUGGAGAAACUGCCAACUGAGCAAGUAA